GUACGGCGCUGCCGGGGAGGCAUUGGCCGUCACAGUGCUCGGGCUGAGUCUCACGAACAUGGCGCCCAUCGAGGCUGGCAAAAGCUCCCUGACAAAGUAUUUCGGGAAGAGCAGAGGCGCAAGCGAUCCCACACCAGCUGUGGAGCCUGCUCCAUGCAAAGACUCCGUGGAGCCAAAGGCACUGAACCCCAUCGCAAGCUUCUUCGGCAGGCGACAAAGCAAAGGAGGCAGCGGGAAAUCUGUUGCGACCUGCGGCGCCGAGAAG